CAUGAUGGCUUGUAUGAACUCUAUAGUUUCAGUGAAAUAGACAGAGCUCUAACACAAUUCGCCCGGUAGAGCCGUUCUUAGUAGUGAAAGAGUAUUUACUAUUUAUUUGUCUUAAGUAAUAUUAAUAAACAAUGGAUUUGGCGUCUACAUACACUGUAUUUUUCAACACAAACGUGCCCGAUGAUCACGACAAUACCCUCCAUUUAUGCACAAACAAUGGGGGCGAAAACAAUGAAAACUGUUUACCGAUCUAUUGGGAAAAUUUGAGUGUACACGCAAUGAUUAAAAAAGAUCGAUGGUUGCGUUCAAGUAUCACAACUAGAAAAUUGUUGCUGAAUAAAGUCGAAGGAUAUAUACCACCGUGUUCACUUGUAGCUAUUAUGGGACCAAGCGGUGCCGGUAAAAGUACUUUGAUGGCUGCUCUAGCUAAUAAACUUCCAGCUCAAAUGGAUUUUGAAGGAAGUGCGAAAAUAGGAAGUCUUUCUGUUAGAAAUUUUGAAAGUCACAAUUUUGGAUAUAUGUACCAACAAGACUUAUUCUGUGGAGUUUUAACCGUUAAAGAGCACCUUUAUUUUAUGGCUAAAUUGAAACUAGACAGAAGAACAACUGACAAAAAUCUGAAAGAUCGUGUAUCGGCAGUUAUUGAAGAAUUAGGUCUUGGCCAAUGUGCGAAUUCUAGAAUUGGGACUGGUGGAGAAAAUGGAAAGAUAAUGUUAUCGGGCGGUGAAAGAAAAAUCGUGUCAUUUGCAACUGAGCUUCUUACUGACCCAUCAUUUUUAUUUUGUGACGAACCCACUACAGGAUUAGAUUCAUACAGUGCUCAAAAAGUUAUUAAAAUUAUGCAACGAUUAGUAUCUGACGGAGGAAAGACAGUUGUCUGUAUAAUUCACCAGCCUAGUACAGAGCUUUUAAAUGUAUUUAAUCAGUUGAUAUUAGUAGCUGAUGGAAGAAUUGCCUAUUCGGGACCGCCAAACAAGGCUAUUUCGUUUUUUGAGAGUGUUGGUUAUCGCUGUCCCGAUAAUUAUAACUCAGCGGAUUUUAUUAUGAAAACAUUAUCAGAUAGUAACAAAUCUGUAAAUUCAAUUUGUGAUGAAUUCGCAGCUAGUAAACACGCAGAAAUAGUAAAAAAUGCUAUUUCGAACGAAAUAUACUAUGAUACCUCAAGUUUAUCUGUACUUCGAAAUCACUUAUCCCCGUUUUGGCCGGUGAAACUGUACCAUCUGACGGGAAGAUAUCUUCUGGAGAAAGUCCGCAACCCCACCAUUGACAUUCACAGGUUUUUGCAAAAAGUCGCAAUAGCGGUCAUGGUCGGCUUGUGUUACUUGGGUACAGUGCAACAGACCCAAGUCGGCAUACAAUCGGUCCAGGGUGUAUUUUUUAUGCUGAUCACAGAGAACUUCUUCACGCCCAUGUAUUCGGUGAUGAAUCAACUGCCCACACAACUGCCCCUGUUCAGGAGAGAGUACACUUCGGGCCUUUACGAUGCCCCAACCUUCUACAUCGCUAACAUACUGUCCUUCAUCCCCACGUUGAUCAUUGAGCCCACGGUGUACACGACAAUCGUUUACUGUAUGGCCGGUAUGCAAACUGAUCUGUAUGGAUAUUUUCUCACGGUAAUCAUCACGAUUCUGGUAAUGGCCGUAUCCACUUCUUGUGGUUAUAUGUUCAACAACAUUUUUGGGUCCUUGUCGCUGGCGUUAACAUUUGUCCAGCCGUUUGACAAUGUUAUCAUGAUGUUAUCCGGAAUAUUUGUAAACCUCAGGAGUGUACCAUGGUUUCUACAUUGGGUAGUUAAAAUAUCUUGGUUUGAACUUGGAUUUGAAGCGCUUACUAUCCUUCAUUGGCAAAACGUGACUUACAUUGCAUGUAGCGAAGAUCCAGAUGUACCAUGCUUGAUGGACGGCAGUGAAGUUUUGGAUAAAUAUGAAUUUAAAGUAACUAAUUUGAUACCACAUAUUUAUUCCAUGAUUUGGUUAUACAUUGGUUUUCACGUCAUAUCAUUUGUGUGCUUCGUGACUAGGGCUCACCUGAACAAACUGUUCUAAAACAAGAAUAUUCAGAGCUAUUGGUAUUUUUUUAAUCAUAAUAUUUUUAUAUUUACGAAUAAAACACAUAAAAAAAAAAAAACUUAAGUUAUAUUAAUUUAAACGUAUUAUUCAUAGUAUUAUUCAUAUAUUAUAAUAUUGUGUAGAUUUUAUAUAGCUAUAUAAGUAUUAUUUUGCAAAGCCAAUACGAAAUAGAAUUUUGUAAAAUGAAGAAGCUGUGGUGUAAACCUUUUUUUAUAUCAUUCUAAAGCCAAAUAUGUGUGUAAAAAGGGAAGGGGUCAUCGCUUGCAAAGGGUCAGUUUCGCCUCUUGUUCGCGUUUGUGUUUUGACUGUUGCGACAUUUUUAUAGGUGGGAACCGUAGUCUGAUCGUUUUCUCACAUACCGUCACACUGUAGAGUGAGUCCCUCACCCUUUUUAGCCAUGAUAUUACAUGUUUUGCGUAUACACGGGUGCAGCUGCUCCGUCGAUUUCACUAUAAUAACUACCACGUCUUAGUCCACGCACUAAUUUUUUUUAAUUUUUUUUUUAACAAGAGUAGGGUGGUUAAAUCAAAUAUUUUAUGUGCUUAUAUCAUGGACAUGUAUUUUUAUUUUCGAAAUUUUACAACUUUCAUUUAAAAGGAAAUUCAUUCAACCUACGUGAUGUUUCGCACAAUAUUUUUAAAUUAAAUAUAGAACAUGGAGUAAUAAUCAAUCAAUGAUUUAAUUACGUACAUUUUUGUGAUAUUUUAUAAAAAAAAUAAAAAAAAACUUAUUUCUAUUAUACAAGUUUCAUUACAUAAUAUGAAGGUGUACGCUUAACGCUUAUUUUACUGUGAAUAAUGAAUAUGAAUAAUUCUUUACUUAUAUUUUCGUUUAAAUACCUUUAUCUACAACAUUUCAAAUCGAAAUAUAAUCGCGUGUCUUACUAUAAAUUAGAAAUACCUAUGUAUACAUAAAAGUCAUAACUGUUUUUUCAUCAUUAAAUGAAUGUUUAUGAAUAGGUACAUAUACCUAAGACUUAUUAUAUUAUAUAAGCAAAUUAUUUUCAUACUUGAACACAAAUAAUAAAUAUUUUACAGAAUGAAAAUAUAUUUUGUAUUUUAAAGUUAAUUAUAUUUAUUUGGGAAAUAAAUACCUUUAUAAAAUAUGAGUAACAAAUAACAAUUAGAAAUAUUAUAGACAGUUUAAUUUAUCUUUAAUUUAAAGAUUAAAUACCACAUAUAGGUAUGUUUCAAAUGUAUACAUCAUAAUUAUUUUUGUUUUAAUUAUAUACAAUUUAAUGUAUGUUACCUACUUUAACACUUAGUAUAAACACAUUUCAUUGAAUAUUAAAGUAAUUCAUUGCUUAUGUACUAACAUAAUAUAUGUAAUUUAUAAUAAAUUGUAAAUAUUUUAUUUUGUAUCGCGCAGCUGUCUGGAAGUAUGUUAACUUUAUAUUGUAAUUUGUAAUAAUAAUGGUUAUACAUUUUAAGUUAAACAAUAGCACACUAUUAUAGACUGUAUAAUGCGCGUAAUAUACUUGCAUGGAUAUAUUUCCCGAGAACACAUUUUUCUUUUAAAGUCUAAUGAGCCAUUUAAGUAUUAGCGUAUUAUAAAAAAUAAAAUCGAAUAGGUAUUAGGUAAGUAGGUACAUAUCUUACCACUAUAUUAUAAUGUUUUCAUGUCAUUAAAAUGAGACGUACCACCUGUUCAUUGGGUUUUUUUUUAUUAAAUGUUAAGUUAAAUUUAAUGCUAAUAAAAGAAAAUGUUAAAUAUUUUAAUUUCAAUAAACCAUUUGAAUUAAU